AUGGAUGAGUCGCACCUGAAGCCCGGCGGGCAUGACGGGCACAACCGCGCGGGAAGCCCAGGCCUAGACUCUCGUCCUGGUUCCCAUGGGGAAUUCUUCUCCACGCAUGUGCCGUCUCGCCCGGCCACACCCGUGGAUCCAGAACACCACCAUUCCCAGGCUUCAAACUCCCAUCGAAAACCCCGAAAGAUCAUCUUGUGUUUCGAUGGCACCGGCAACAAGUUCCACGGUGACGACAGUGAUAGCAACAUCCUCAAGAUUUUUCGCAUGUUGGACAGGACCGCGAGUGAUCAGUACCACUACUACCAACCCGGAAUCGGCACCUAUGUGGUAUCCAAUCGGCUCAGCCAUACUGGCACAGUCGCCAGAAUCAAAUCUUGGUACCAAAAGGCCAAAGACUCAGCCAUCGGUUCAUCGUUUGAUCAGCAUGUCGUGGGAGGGUACCGCUUCCUCAUGCGCUUCUACAACCCCGGGGACGAGAUCUACAUCUUUGGCUUCUCCCGUGGCGCCUACAUCGCUCGCUUCCUAGCCGAGAUGCUGGACUAUGUCGGCCUGUUGUCUCACGGCAAUGAGGAAAUGGUCCGUUUUGCCUGGAAAGCCUUCUCCAAUUGGCAGAGCCGUCAGGGAGACAAGACCCCCGAGGGCAUCAAAAAGAAGAAGGAGAUGUACGCGUUUAUGAAGGGUUUCCGCGAGACCUUUUCCCGCCCCGUCCGCCGGAUCCGCUUCCUCGGCCUGUUUGACACAGUCAACAGCGUGCCGCGUUUUGAGACGGCAUGGAUGCAGCGCAGCAGGUUCCCAUACACUGCACGCACCUCUGCAAAGAUCAUCAGACAUGCAGUAAGCAUCGACGAGAGGCGCGCGAAAUUCCGUCAAGAUCUCAUCUACCAGAGUGGCAAGAGUCACAAGGGGAAGAGCGCGCACCGCGAAAAAUUGCAUAGAAUUGGUGAGAAGUAUCGUGAGGCGGUCGCUCCACGCAAGUCAACGGACACCAAGCGCCGUGGCCGGCGCGAGGCUUUGGAUGUCCCAGAUCACCCCGCCCCUUACCGCGCUCGAUCUCACUCAUCCACCAGGAGAACGCACAUGACCGAGGGCUCGGCCAAAGAAGAAAGCGUUCAUCACGACGCCAGGUCUGAACUCUCCGUCGCACCCCACCCGCACGGCGAGGACCACGAUUUUCACUCGGACGCCGAGUCGGAAGACGAAUCAGAACAGGACAUCGACGAGGUCUGGUUUGCCGGCGGUCAUGCAGACAUCGGUGGAGGGUGGGAGAUGCUGCCCGGAUCCAAGGCCGCCAGUCAUGUUCCCCUGGUCUGGAUGGUCCACGAAGCCAUGAAAGCAGGACUGCACUUUGACCUCGACAAGGUGCGCGAGUUGGGUUGUAUGGAGGCCGUCGACCAGAUGCCCGUGGGCACUACAAAUGGAAACCCCGGCAGCCCAAUCGAUCCCUCCAAGCCCUCCGACAAGACUCAGACAGCCACCGAAGACCAGCCUCCGAUUCCCAACAUUACGAUCCGCACCCCAAGCACUAUCAGCCCCAAGCCCGUCCAAGAAUCCAACGGCAACCAAAAGUCCAACGCAGCAAACGCCUCAGCCACCAGGAGCAGCUUCAGCGAGUCCUCCGCCGCCCCACCAACAUUCAGGGAAAUGAUGCACAAAGCCCACGUCGCCCUGCUCCAUGACUCUCUCAAAUUCGGUGGCGGCUUACCCUGGUCGUCGGUCCUGGCCUGGAAGGUCAUGGAGUACCUCCCCUUCCGCCGAAUGGAUCUCCAGGAAGACGGCUCCUGGAAGCCCAUCCGCUGGCCCCUGCCCUGCGGCGAGGUGCGCGACAUACCCGCCAACGCGAGGGUGCACGGCAGCGUUAUCCGGCGCAUGCAGGCGGAAGAGAAUUACCGGCCGGGCAAUCUGAUUGUCGGGGGCGGCGGGCGCGGGGUGAGGAAGGCGCCCAAGGAGCUGGGGAUCGGGGACUGGGUUUGUGUGGAGCAUGAGGGCUGUCCCAUUGGGGAGGUUUGGGUUAAGAGGGAGGCUGUCGAGGGGUCGAAUCAGAAUGGGAAGGCAAAAAGCGGGUGACCGGGCAGGGUAAGGUAGGUUGUGAUAUGUGUAAAUGACACUGUCGCAGACUACACGAUUCUUCAGCAACAGCAACAAGAUCAUACCAGAAGGUUACACAGCUCAAUCUCGGUAAUACUAGUUGUACCAAUGCCUAUCUCGGCUAUCC